CGACACCCAAAAACAGGCAGAGAUUGGUGGAGCGGUGGAGGCCGGCUCCGCGAGGCCGUGAACGGCGGUUGGCGUGGCGUGGCGGCCGGGACGACGAGGCGACGGCGACGUGGGGCUUCCACGCGCCCAGCGAUGCCGGUGCGGCGGCGGGCCCCGCGGCCGCAGGACACGGGGGUGGUGAAGAGGUACGCGGAGAUGGGGAUAGCGGCCGCGCUGUCGCGGCCGUGGGACUACCCGACGGCGUGCCGCGAGCUGGCCGAGCUCCUGCGCCACGGCUACGCGGGCCUCCCCAAGGCCGCCCAGGCCCUCGCCGCCGCCGACGUGCUCGUCGCGUUCCGCCUCCUCCCCGAUGUGCAGACAGAAUAUGCAUUAGCGGCAGCCAAUGGUCUUCUCCUAGCGGUAGAAACUUCCCUGCCAAAGCAAAAGAAGUCACAAGCUGUUUCAGAGUUCAAGUGUUCUGUUAUUUUACAUAAGAGGCGGGCUAAAGUCCAACAAGAGCCUGCCACCCCAGACAUACCAAAUGAUGUACUUGUUCAUAUCUUUAGUUUUCUGGACACGCGUUCUUUGGUGGCUGCUGGUCUUGUUUGCUGGUCUUGGAAUUCAUCUGCAAACGACAACAAGCUGUGGAGAAUGAACUACUCCCUUUUCUUUAGCACGUCCCAUUUGCGCUCCAGCAGCACACUUGUAUCCAGUGGUGUACAGAACAGUCAUGGUAUUCUUGCGCAGAAUAAUGUGGAUCCAGUAUUUGAUGAUCCCAAUUUGAACUGGAAAGAGGUUUUCCACAAAAAGCAUGCAGAGCACAUAAGCUGGAGUGCCGCAUCAAAUAGAGCAAUAUGCAGGCAAUGCCGUUCAGUUCUCUGGCUGAGCAACUUGACGUGUGCUGCGCCUCACCAUUGUCCUAAGAAAGGAAAAGAUGAAAUAAAACUAAUGCCCCUGCUACCUUAUGCAGUUGCUUGUUACAUAUUAAAUGCUCAAGAUCGACCAUCUUCAUCGUCUGACAGUAGCGAUUCAGAUAGUGAUUCUGAAAACAAUGUGCCCAGACGACUUUGGAAUUCUCGUGUUUGAGUGAAUUCGAUUGUAUAGCUGUGUAAGCUAGUUUUGUUGUACCAUCCCAAACUCUGACGAUUUUGGACACCAAGCAUUCACGCUGUUGUAAAUUCACCAUGAAAUGUUCAAUGAGAACUUGUAAAUUUAAAACGUUCUGAUGGAGCUUA